GCAGUAGCCUCCAGACGACCGCCAUAUUAAAACUCUGCUUGAGUCGUAAACAAGACGUUGCUGCUAACUGAAGGUCAUCACCUUGCUUGUUGCAAGGUUUAUGUUAACAAACAGCACAGCUAACAGUUGGGUCAAUGCCGAAUGCAGAAUAUCAGAGACGUUGGAAGCGAAUCACAGCUAAAGUAAAGAAAAUUAUGGAGUCGAUAGACAGCGAUGACAGCACCAGUGAUGGAAAUGAACAAAAACAUGAAUGUGAUGAAAGUUGUGAUUCAUCAUGCGAACUAGAUGCUGCUUUAUCCUCUGAGCCAGAUGAAGAUGAUGAAAAUCUUCUAUAUUAUGGAAGUAGUCCUUCAGACAAGUCAUAUGAAAGUGAUACAGAAACACAAAAUGGAGAAAUAACAGCCAGACUCAGUGAGGAGCUCACUGCACAGACUUGCAAGAACAAUUCCCCCCAUUCAUCAACAAAUGAAAUGCUGAAAAUAUUAAGACAGCAUGGAUUUUGCCUUCCUGAGGAUAGUGGUGCUCAGCUACAGUCACCCAGCACUGUUAUCACUGCUGAGAAUGGACAAGCGUUGGCUGAUGACCAGUGUGAAAUAUCCCCGUUGAGAAAACAGCUUGAUAAUGGUACCUCGGAGUUCUGUCUACACACAAAGGUAAAAUCCUCGCCUGUUUUACCUAAUCCUCCAACACAAACAGUCACUCCUGCUAUUGACUCCUAUCCCAGCCCCUCUAAACAUCUACCUCAAGCUGAGACAAUUGAUGACAUUGUAAGCUACCUAGAAGCCACAAACCCUGUAACUCCAUCAUCUGGCCAGCGGCAGCAAACUGAUUCCUCCUCUUCAGUCACCAUGGAUGAUGUGGAAUUGACAAAGCAACUUAUGAAACAAACUGCACGUCAUGUAUCUUGUGACAUCUUAAGUGAGAGGCCGUCAAAUGCUACCGAGAGGCAGAAGGCAGUUGUAGUACCAAUGCCGGUGACUCCGGGGGUAAAGCGUUCACAUGACAGAGAGUCUACCAGUUCUACUGGAUGUGCAACCCCAAGUAGGAAGGAUUCAAGUGGUAAACGUGCUAAGUUAUCUGACAAAGCUAAUGGAUCUAGACAACUAAACAGGCCAUUAUCAGAAACCUUCAGUACUCCUGUUUGUAAAACAGAAAAUCGUCCAUUCAAAAGAAGCCGUGAUAAGAGAGAGAAGUCGGUCUCUCACAAUUCAAGGGCAUCUCAUCCACCAGAGCACUGCAGAAAACUAAUUGAUAAGCCAACUAAUACAAAAUCUUCGGUCGUUAAACGUUUAUCUGGCGAACGCCUAUCGUCAUUUGAGAGGAAACGCAAGAGAUUGAGUAGCAGAGCGACACCCAUUGUGGAGAACAUGACAAUAGAAGACCAAAUUAAGAAAAUACAACGUGUCCAACAUAAGAUGCUCUAUAUGCUUGUUGAAAUACAAGAUAUGUUGAAGUCAUCAGGAAAUCAUUUGGAAAAAGAUUCAUUGGAAGAUUGCAGAAUUACUCAAGCAACAACUCCUAGCGAACUUGCCGCACUCGAGGAAGACUUGAAAGAUCUAACAAAACGUCAGAUUCUGACCGACAAGAUAGUGAAAAUUGGAGGCAAGAACGCUAAAGAUCACACGAAAAAGGCUCUACGCAGGUAUUAAUUUUCAAGUUUAUUCUGUACACUUUGGCAAAUUUUUCAUGUACUUUGGUGAAUCUUACAUAGAGUAUCCGGUACGCAUUAACUGUAGGCGACUAUUGUAUUUGUUGUGACAACCUUGCAAUCGCUAGGCCAACAGUUAAAUUUUCCCUUCACAGAUUUCACUGCUGCUGUUAUGCAGCAUAUAGUCUGAGCUAGUCACAGUCACACCCAGUCUGCAGCAGUCAUGGUUAAGUCA